AUGGCAUCAAAAUUUGAAGAUGAACUAAGCUGCCCUGUGUGCUGUGACAUCUACAAGGAUCCGGUCAUGUUGACCUGCUCUCACAGUGUGUGUAAGGCCUGUCUAGAGCAGUUCUGGGAGAAGAAGGGAUCCAGAGAAUGUCCCUACUGCAGGAGGAAAUGCUCAAAAGAAAUCUAUCAGCCAAACAUGGUGUUAAGGAACCUGUGUGAGGCAUUCUUACAGGAGAGGAGUCAGAGAGCUUCAGCAGGGUCUGAGGUGCUGUGCAGUCUGCACAGUGAGAAACUCAAGCUCUUCUGUCUGGAGGAUAAGCAGCCUGUGUGUGUAGUGUGCAGAGAUUCAAAGAAACACAUCAAGCACACCUUCCGUCCUGUAGAUGAAGCAGCAGAAGAACGCAAGGAGGAGCUCAAGACCAAACUGCAGCCGUUACAGAUGAAACUGAAGACAUUUGAAGAAGUUAAACUCCUCUCUGACAAAACAGCAGCUCAUAUUAAGACUCAGCUCCUGCAGACCGAGAGGCAGAUCAAGCAUGAGUUUGAGAAGCUUCACCAGUUUCUCCGAGAUGAAGAGGCAGCCAGGAUAGCUGCACUGAGGGAGGAAGAGGAGCAGAAGAGUCAGAUGAUGAAGGAGAAGAUUGAGAAGAUGAGCAGAGAGAUCUCAUCUCUUUCAGACACAAUCAGAGCCAUAGAGGAAGAGAUGGAAGCUGAUGAUGUCACAUUUUUACAGGUAGGUCCUGAAUGUUAUUCCAGAGCCCAGUGCACACUGCAGGAUCCAGAGAAGCUUUCAGGAGCUCUGAUCAAUGUGGCAAAGCACCUGGGCAACCUGAAGUUCAGAGUCUGGGAGAAGAUGCAGGAGAUUGUUCAAUACACUCCUGUCACUCUGGAUCCCAACACUGCACACCCACAACUCAUCCUGUCUGAGGAUCUGACCAGUGUGAGACGUGAUAAGAGACAGCAGCUUCCUAAUAAUCCAGAGAGAUUUGAUAAAUUGGCCAGUGUGAUGGGCUCUGAGGGCUUUAUCUCAGGAAAACACUGCUGGGAUGUGGAGGUUGUGGAGAAUAAUGACUGGAAUGUGGGUGUGAUGACAGAGUCUCUCCAGAGGAAGGGAGACUACACCUCCAUGAGUGGGCGAUGGUAUGUGUGGUAUAAAGAUGGUAAAUAUGGAGUACGUGCCUCACCACAGCCCUCUACUCUCCUCACAGUGAAGCAGAAACUCCAGAGGAUCAGAGUGCAGCUGGACUGGGACAGGGGAGAGCUGAUAUUCUCUGACCAUGAUAGUAACACACACAUACACACCUUCACACACACCUUCACUGAGAGAGUAUUUCCAUACUUCACUACUGUACCUGCUUUGAAGAUCUUACCAAUGAAGGCUAAAAUAACAAUGUAACAUCAAAAAAUAACAGUGUGCGUGAGUGUGUGUGUGCACAUGCACUACAACUCUAGGGUGCAUCGCAACUCCACUUAUGAUGUGCUGAUGUAAGACUUGUGCUGAUAUUGCCAAACUGUAACAUUUUAUACAUAUUACAUAUCAAUCCCUGAAUCAUGUUAUGCACCUUUAUAAUUGCCAUGGUGCCAUAAUUGAUGUAUGCAUGAUGUAUGAUGGACCUGUGCUGGUACUGCCUAACUGAAUCACAUUAUUCACCAUUAUAAUUAUCCAUGAUUCCAUAAUGGUCAGGGCCACUGAUCCAGAGUCAGACGUUAGUGAGGUCUUGGAGGACAAAUGGGGAAUUUUCAACAAUAUCAAAUUUGUGUUUAAUUUGAUGCCUUUUGAGUUUGUGCCACAGAUGAUACAGUAUGUCAUUCCUAAUGACAAAUGUAGUGUUUAAUUUCUCAUUACAUGAUUGUCUUUACUGUCGAAUCGCACAUUUUUUUCCUCACAUCAUUACUUAAAGACAUUUAUCUCUAGUUUCAAAUUACAAACAUGUGUCUUUAAUGUGCCUAAAGUUCUUUUCAGCAUAAUAAUUAAUUGUUAGUUUGACUCUGAAUAUCAGAUGCGUUCUGUUGCCACAAAUGCCAUGUCAUGCUCAUCUGUAUUCAUGGGAGUUGUGUGACACUGAAUACAUUUCCUUUUAU